AUGAAGGUGGAAGUUGCGCGAGAGAAACUUUUAUCAAACUUUGAGGUAUACAACCAUCUUGUAGAUAUACAAAAAGAAAACAAUUGGAAUUUCACGUUGGGUGAGGAUACCAAUAAGAAACAACGGAGAAAGAGAGGAAACCAUCUAAUAGAUCUAGAAAUAAUUACAAGAGAGCUUUCAGGAUUUUUGAUUCGAACAGGGCAGUCAAAUGACUAUACGAGAGAGAAUGUGGUGGAAUUUAUGACCGGUCUGAAUCAGUACAGUUUGAUGAAAAUAGAGAAACUUGAGAUCUUGAACAGACUGCCACGAACGAUCGUCUCCCUAUUCUCCGUGAUUGAGGAAUGCGACCAGAGAUUUAGUGACGAGCAAUGUAAUAGCAUGCUGGAACUCGUGCAAAGGUGUUUCCCUGUUGCACAGGAAGCGGUGGAAGAAGACCGUAUGGAAGUUGAACAAGAAGAAGAGGAGGAAGAAGAGGAAGUGAUUGCGGAACAGUUUGAAAUGGAAGAGCUAGAACAUGAGACGUUUGCUAAGAUAGAUGAAGCAGAGGAGCAAGAAGAGUGA